AUGGAGCUGUUGUAUCCCCGUCUAAAGAAGAGAAGACUCCUGGGCCGGCUAAGUCAGGUGCGUGGGCCGGGCCGCGAGCUGGAGCCUUGGCGUUUGGCCUGCAGCAGGCACCGUGGUGGGAGCCGGGCGUGGCAUGCGCGCCUGCGGGGCGGCGGUUGUGCGCUGCCUGAAGCCUCCGCGAACAGUUGGGAUCUCGUGCGUUUACUGUUACUGCGCUUCCAGGGGGACGGACGGAGGCAGGAUGGAGGGACGCUGACCAUAGCCUGGCAACAGUGUCCAAACGCGAAGACUCCCGGCUUGGGGCAGGAGCAGGAGCAGGGGCCGGGGCUGGGGCUGCUCUCCUCUCCUCCCUUUGGUGCCGCAGCUGCUGCCGCCCUAUGCUUCCUCCUGGUCAAACCAGGGCUUACAACCCUAAAUUCCUAUUCCUGCGGUGAUGACCCAAGCUUGUGGAAAGAAACUGUUCACAGUGAGGACAUGGUCCAAACAGGGGAUUGUUUCAAUCUUUACAAAUCACAGGUAAACUGUAAGCAACAAGGAAUGGACAAGGAAUUCAGUCCUUUGCUGGGUGAGAUUACUAAUACACCACCUCUGGAAUCUUCUGGUUCAUAUAGUAACUGGUCAGUUUAUGGAGAUGACACUAGCCCACCCACCGCCUUUCAAGACUAUGCCAAUGAAAGGGCACAGAUCAAUUUAUCUUACUCCGGAAAUGGCCUUGACACAUUUGGAUUGGUUUCAGACAUUUUGGAGGAGCCAAAUAUUCCAGACCCUGUUACAGACUGGAAUUCUUUGUCCAGACUCCUUCCUCCCACGUGGACACCUGACUUUGGUAACAAUGGUGACUAUUCAGGAUAUUCUCUCAAGAAUUCUGUUGAAGAUUUUUCAAACUUCAUUGAAACACAGAAUUUCAGUCAAGAACACUUUCAGAUAUCACCUGAUAUAGAGAACUUGCAAAGUGCAUUUGAUGAUCUUAGAUUGGUAGAGUCUUGGCUUUCUCCUUCAGACCAUUCUAAUCAGCUACCUGACAAUAUUUUCAAAAGCACUUACCUGGAUAAUUCAGCUUUUAAAACCAAUUCAGUUAUUCAACCAAAAGGAUUCCCUUUGCAGAAUGAAGAAUUCAAUCAAAGUGAGACUAAUUAUGAGAAAAUGAAAUUAAAUAAUGAUUUUGAAAAGAACUGUUCUGAUCUUAACUCUUAUUUUCUAAGUAGAUAUAAAGAUAGGGCUAGUAUUCAAAAGGAAUCCUGGAAACCUGAUAGAGCAAAUGAGAAGAUAAUGAAAAUUAAUAUCCAGGAACAAAUGAAAUGCUCCAAUGAUUUGGGCAGUCUGACUGCUGAUCCAUAUAUAUUUCAUGAAAAUCAUUUGCUUCCUAAAAUAAAUGAAGGUAUGAUACCUUCUCAGCAAAUACAGCCAUCUAUUCCACCUCCCCUAUGCUUUGUCAACCAGCCAUUUCCUGAAGAAAAUUUGUCAGCAGUAGUCGACAGGAAAUCCCAGGAAACCAGCUUACUGAAUGACCCCAGUAACUUCAGCUUUAUGGGCAACUUUGAAGAUCAUGGAUGCCAGUUUCCCAGAAAUUCCAAAGCAGUUCCCUUGAAGCCCCUUGACUAUGAUUUGUCUAUAAAUACUGCUUUACAGAAUGGAAACUGUCAGUCAUUCUUCAGGGAGCAUAUUUGGGUGGAUGGUCACAUGUUAAGUCCAGUUCCGGUGGAAAAUUCUGCGUUUGUGAAGCCAUUGGCAUCAGGCUGUCAGCCUUCUUCUGGAGUUUCAGUCUUGUCUUGUGGCUCUGCCAUGCACCAGUCUUUGAUUUCUCCUUCAUACUACCAGCAGAUACCACCAGUACCCUUCAGGAAGGAAGGGAAGUUACAAAUGCCAAAUGGUGUCCAUAAUGGUCUGAGGUUUCCAAAUUCUGACACUGAAAAUCGGAAACCAAAUAUACAAACGGGAUGUUUCCCCCUUAAUCCAGUGGCUUCCAAGGGUCAUCAUUAUUGCAAAAUUCCUGCCCAUUUGUCAUCCACCUGCCUGUUGCAGCAGAAUGCUGCUAGUGAACACUCUGAUAGAUACAGAGUCCGCAAAAAACAGAGUCUAGAUGAUAGGAAAGGUAGGAAGAACUUGAUUCCCCAACCUAGUUACGUAGGUCAGAACCGUCAGCAGUUUAACAUUUUCCAAAAGAAACAAGAAAAGAAUAAUGUGAACGUGUCAGAUUUCAUCAAUCCUUCUUUCCUUCCUGCCUUCCCUUUUGUGUCAGAGCUAAAACAAAACCCUAAUUUUACCCCAUUUAACCCUUCUCCCUUUAUGCCAACAACUAAUUUUAGUUUCCCGCCAUCAGCAUUUCCUCUUUCAGAGCUUGUUGACAUUUUCCAUGAUGGUGGCCUUACCAAUUUGAAUCCCUUCGUUAGCGAUUUGUUUUGUAGGGAAGUAAAACCACCAUACUUUGCCUUUCCACCACCUUUUAACAAAUACCGACUGCCAAGAAACCGGAGUGGACCUGCUAAUGAACUUCAUACCCAGCUGGAAGAGUGCUGUGAACAAUGGCGAGCUCUAGAAAAAGAACGGAAAAAGACUGAGGCAGAUCUUGCGAGAAACUUUCCAGGAAAGAGGGUCUCCAGUUCAAAUAACACUCCUGUUUCGCGACUUCCUGCCAACCCUUCCCGAGUGGAUCGCUUAAUUAUGGAUCAGUUAAAGGAACAAGCCAGAGUUUUGACCUUACUGAGAAAGAUGGAAAAGCUUCGUGGUAGCCCUGUCCAUGAGAAUAUAUCCAUCACUCUGGAACGCCACUUAGAAGCCAUUCGUGCUACUCAAGCCAAGCGUAAAGAUGAGCUUGUUAAUGCUGCUAAUCCCCCACACCAAAGAAUUCGCUGUAAUAAGGAGAAAGAUGUCCUGGCUCUGGCAUUAGUCAUUAAAGAGCUUGCCUUUGCAACACGGAAGACACGGACUGCUUUAUGGUGUGCAUUGCAGAUGACUUUGCCCAAAACUUGCUUCCGCCUGCCUGUGAAACAGGAAGAGAUUGAAAGGGUAUUACAAGAACUGUGUCCCCAAAAUGCUAGUACCCAGGAAAAAAUAAUUGUGGAGCAUGAAAGUCAUGGAAUAGAAAAAGGAAGCCGAGAGCACCAAGUAGAUUCUUGAAUCAUUGUUUAAAAAUAUUGGGGGCAAAAGCACUUUUUUCUGAUUAUAAGCGUUUCCAGGUUUUCAAAAAAAAAUUUAAAAAUAAUUGAUGGAUGAAAUUUGGUUACUGUGAUUUCAGAAUGCAUAUUUCUAAAGAGUGAUGUGGAAUUUUUUAUGAUAUUGCAGUGUGUUCUCUGUGAAAUAUUGGAUCACUUAGGAAGAUGGAAAUAGCUGAAUAUUUCUUUGGUUCUUUAGAAUCCAAAAUUAACUUCUGUACUUUCAACCGUGAGCUGGGGAAAGGAUAAAUAACCUUUGUAACUGACAAAUGAUGGCAAAGUAUCUAAAGAGUAAAUUUUCCCUAAAAUGUCUGCAAAGGGUACAUUGAAGUUUUUAAAAGGUUCUUAAAAUCAUUUGGGUGCCAAAGUAAUUUGAGUUUUUAAAGGUAUUUUUGCUAUACUAGAGCCGGAAAUUGAAAAAUCUUAUUUUUCCAAAUUGGUUAAUUAUUUAAGCUAUAGUGACUUCAUUUGAGAAAAUGUUUCAUGUGGUCAUGUGGUCAGUUCAGGAUUUUCAGCUGGGAUAAUGAUCAUAGCUGAAUUCCUAUUUUACUGGUCCCCGAGGAAACAGAGGGACUGAAAGGUUUUUAUAAUUUAAGUAGCUUGUUAAAGUUACCAUUAAUAGGUGAAUUAAAGUACACUCAGGAUUUGAAAUCACAUUUACUAAUUCCUUACAAUGGCUUUUAAGUAACUGUUUAACUUAGUAUGCACUUAAUCAAAAGCAUGGCCAUAUGUAUUAGUUUUUGGUACUAUAAUUUCUUAAACAUUCCAUAUUUAUUUAAUGUUUAUUUAAUAUUUUAUUUUAAUAAUAUGAUAUAGUGGUUUGUUUCCCUCCCCUCCCCCUUUUUUGGUUAAACUUUCCUAAUCAGAUUUAAUGAUUUACUCAGGAAAUAGAUUGUUAUAUGCAUCUAUAUAAUGUUACUGUGUACAUAUAUACACAUAUACACACAGGGGUAUAUGUGGGGGGUAUGUGUGUAUGUACCUAGGCGUGUAUGUAUGUAUAUAUGUGGUGUCUCUAAAGUCUUAGUGUUAUUUAGAACCUUAACAUUGCGUUAAGACCUUGGGGACACUCUGUGUAUAGAUGAACACAUGUAUUAAGUAUGUGUUGUUUCGGGUGGGGAGAGAUAGUCGCAAAAUAUUUACACGAAGUUAACUCUGCUAGGUUACCAAAGUUGUUUAACUGAUUUGUUUUAGCAUGAGAAGUCAUAUAUCCUAACUAGUCCCUGUGCUGUGGCUUAGACAAUCAAAGUGCUGUGUGUUAUUGUGAAUAUGCAGGGUGAGAAAGAAGUCUUGUCUACUUAUACUAUUUAGGACUUUUUUUUAAUGCUUUAACAAUCAUGUCUUAAUAUUUUAUUUUCAAAAUUCAUCAAAAACUAAGUCAUUUUCAUAGCGGUUAGAACAUUGGUGAGAUUUGGUGGUAGACCCUGCAGUUUUUUUUAAAGUUUGAAAAGGAAUUAUGUUAACAUGUGGAAAGAUUGAAUAAUUACUGUAAGUGAAAGUUCUUCAUAGGUCUUUGUAAAUUGGACACUCUAUGGAUCAAUGCAAUAUUUUUUCCAUGUGCUUUGACAAAUAGUAUAGUUUUGGAUUUGUAAAUGUUUCCAGACCAGAUGCUCGGUGUUUUUAGUAGCAUUACCACUGCUGAAUGUAAUCAAUCUUGCAGAAUAGUUAUUUGUGGGCCAGGGGAAUAUAAAAUUCAUCAUGACUUAGAAUACAACUUCAAAAUGGUCUUUGAAGUUAAAAACGAUCUUUACAGGUAUUUCUGAGCAUAAAUAUAAGUAGUUUUUCAACCUUGGUCCAAAUUUUUUUAAAAUGAUGUUGAAGAGAAAUAUUCUAACGUCGUCUUCAUAGGUUUCUGUGUGUGUCUUUUGUGUGUGUAUGUGUGCAGCUUAUUUGCACUAUUUAAAUAAUUUCAGAAAGUGACUCAUGACACAAAUGAACUAUUAAGUAUUCAGUGUUUACAGCAUUUUACUUUGGGAUGGAAUCAGUCUUGAAUACAUAGCUAGAAAAUCAGAAAUUAAAAGCAAUGAUUUUCAUUUCUGUCCUAAAUGUUGUUUACAGGAUAAUUGUAGUCAAAGGAGACAUUUUGUGGUAGUGAAUGUAUGAGCAAAUUAGGACUUAAUUAUAUUUGUGAUAAUUGUCGAAGGGAUGUGGUCUUAAUAUCUUUAUAAUAUGGUUAAUGUGCCUUUGUAGUCUAAUUUUUUAAAUAAAUAAGCGCAUUCUUGCUCCCACUUUCUACUGCUAUUUAAAAAUACAUUUAAAGAGAUUAUAGUGUAUUUGCUUUGAAUUAUAACAAUGAGCAGAUUGGCGUUGCACCCUCAUUAUAUCUGGUUAUAAGCUCUUUAACCAAAAGGCAAGACUCAUAGACACAACGGAACUUCAGUCAGCUCUUGCCAUAUUGCCUCUGUGUGCAAAGGUGGUGAAUAUGCAUGGUUAAUGGAUAUCCGGUAACAUUUUGAAACUAUAAUGUACUUAAGAAUCUUGAAGUUAGUGACUGAUCUUUGGUAUGCAGUGACCCUCUUUUGGGGUGCUGCUAACUGUAGUAUGGUCUUUCUAACUCAUUAGUACUCAAUUAGCAAUAAACUAGCAUAGAAUACAAUUUACUCUGGUUUUUCACUGUAUAGAUAAAUGUUUGUGUUUGUAUAUUAGGAAGCAGUGUGGAAAAAGAAACAAGGAGUUAUACACUCAGCAGUUCUUGUCUUUAAGAGUAAAUUGAACUGAAACUCAGCAUGUUCUGAAUUCUAGUAAAUGAAAAGAUGAUUCACUUAAACUGAAAGGUUUUCUUGGGAAUAUCUUUGCUGCACUCCAUCUUCCUCCUGCAUUUUGAGGAUUGCCAUUUACACGUAACAGGAGUUGUAAGAAAGUCGUUUUAGUUACCUUCUUUAAAAACAGAUUUCUGGUGCUUUGACUUUAGAAACUGAGGUCGAAUUUUCUUACGCGUUUUUAUAAGUUAGAAAUGAAAUAGGGGCAGCUAGGUGGUGCAGUGGAUAGAGCUCCGGCCUUGGAGUCAGAAGGACCUGAGUUCAAAUCCAGC